AUGGAAAUUAAGUGUGAAUAUAAUUUAUAGUAAUUGUUCAACCAAGGAAAAUUUGGAACAGGACUCAAAGUAAUACUAUUUUUUGCAGACAACAUAAACGAUCAUGCAUUGGACAUCAUAAAAUAGUGUUGCAUGAGUAUGCUUUAAACAUAACACAAACAAAUUGUUUUUGAUAUAUUCUACACCCUCUAUGGACUUUUUAUUAAGGAGAAUUUUACAGGACCGUCUUAUCACUAUUAAAAUGCUGAUAGAAAGUUACAUCUAGAAAAUCUAUUAACUAAGUAAGUCAUUCCAAAAAGUCAAACCAAUCAAAUAAAUAAACAGGAAUUGGAAGAUCUUGGAUUAGUCGAAUUAUUACCACUUAUUAAUUAGAUUAGUAGAGUUUCUGAAUAUGAAAUCUAUUAUUCAUAAGCUAAUUAAGAAUAUAUUCUAAAUAAGCUGCAAUGUUGUGGUGAACUAUUUAAGAGAGUGAUUUAGCUUAAACAUAUAUUUUUAGUUUGCAAACAAAUUCUUGAAUUGUUGCAUACCACUAAUCCAAUUUAUCAAUUAUGGUGGGCUAGACUUAAUUUUAUGCACAAUUAAUUUCUAGACAAUCCUGUAUAAGAAUUAAAGGAUGAAAUUUUAAAUUCAUUUUAAGAGUUCCUUGAUAAUUAUCCUGUGGAUAGCAAAGACCAAGCUAAAUUAUACACUGAAUUCUCCUAUAUUUACAAUUAUUACUACAGAUAUUAAGAAGCAGAAGUGUGUUUGCUAAAAGCAUAACAAUUGCUAAAAGUGAGAUUUGAAUUAACUGGUAAAUUAGGAAAAAAAACAAAAUUUCAAGAGGAGAAGCUCCCUCAAUUAGUUGCUUAAAUUAUAGAUUAGGAAAGUGUAGAAAAAGAAAUUAGGGAAUUGCCAAAAGUACAAGAGGUUCUUCAAUAAUAUGCUCCAUAAUAAGUAAAUUUAGAAGAGGAAUCUAUUUUAUUUGAUAAACCUGUGGUUGAUGGAGAAAUCAAAUAGGAUUCAUUAUCAUUGGAAGAACAAAUCGUUUUAUUGGGAUUGAUCCAUCAUUACAAAAAGACUUUACCAAAUGAUGAGAUACUCUAACAAUAAGUUUAAGCUUACUUAAAUUUGAUGCUUGAUAAAUCAAAUAGUUGGAUUGUCUAUUCCCAGGGCUUGUUGUUGAGAUCUUUAAAUGAGUUUAAUCAUCUAAAGAGGAUGGAGAGAGCCUUGAUUCAAAUGCAGACCCUUGUUGAUUAAUUCAAUGAUAUAUAACCAGAUUCUGAUUUAAGAGCAUUGAAUUUAUUUUACUCAAACUAUCCUGAUUACUAUAAUUUAAGUGGAAUUUUAGCUGAAUAAUGGAUGAAGGUUGGUAUGAUGACAAGUGGCUAUGAGAUAUUUGCUCGACUAGAAAUGUGGGAGGAAUGUGUUGAGUGCAUAGUAGGGACUGGUGAUACAUAAAGAGCACUUAAAGAAAUUGAGUAAAUAACAGCAAAAGGAUUGGGAACUGUGAAAAUGAAAUGCAUCACAGGAGAGAUUAAAUAGGAUCCUAAGAUUUUAAAAGAAGCUUGGAAGGACUCCAAAAAACGAUUUGCUAGGGCAUAAAGAUCCUUAGGAGAAUUUUAUUUUUUUAAAGAAAAAAACUAUGAGAAAUCCAUCAAAUCUUAUAGAAAAGCUGUUAAGAUUAAUUCAUAUCAUUAAAAAUCAUGGUAUAUAAUGGGAUGUGCUUAUAUGAGAUUGAAUAAAUUGGAAGAUGCAAUUAAAUCAUUAGGUGAAGCAGUCAGAAUAAAUGAAAAUGAUGGAGAAAUUUGGGGAAAUAUUUCGUCUUGUUUGGUUGCCUUGAAAAAGUUUAGUGAAGCACAAUCUGCUUUAGAAUAAGGAGUGAAAUAUGCUAGUACAGAUUGGAGACUUUGGAGUAAUUUAAUGGCUAUUUCUUUAAGGAAUAAAAAAUUUGUAAGAUUUUAUUCUUGCAUCGAAAAGCUUGUAUAAUUAGAUCAUAGAGAGUUGAUAGACGAAUAGAUAAUCUAAAAGAUCACAUAAACAUUCGCCUAUUAAACUGAUUAAUUGAAUUAAGAGAACCUUGUUUAGUCAAAUAUUAAUAAGAAAAGAAUUUUAAAAUUGUAUGAAUAUUUGGCUAAAGAAAUUGGACAAAAAUACUAUAUUUGGGAAGGUCUAGCAAAAUAUACCGAGUUACUUAUGAUCUAUGAUUAAAGAACGGCAGAGUUGGAGAAAAAAUAAAUUCUCGACUUGCUACCUUAUUAUAAUGAUGUCGUUUAAUACAGAUUAAAGAGUUGUUAGAUGUUGUAAAUUCUAAAUUGGGAAAGAGAUAUGUAAAUUUGCCAAAAUUUAGUAAAGUAAUUGACUUGCUUAAACCAAGAUGUCUAAUUGAUAAAAGAUGAGGAGACUAUUAAGAAUGUUACUGUGUAUAUAUCAUAACAAAAGAGUAGAUUAGAAACUAUUUUGGAAAAAAAAAUUAACUUUUGA